AUGGCGCACGUUCCGACGCUGUUGCUCCUAUCUACCCUACUCGCGUGUGCAUUAUGUCUGCCCAACAAUGCACUAGUCGGCCGACACAUUCAACUUCCCUUGGGGAAAAUUCCACGCAUUCGGGGUGGUGUACCUGCGGCACCGGGUGAGAUCCCGUACGCGGCCGGAUUGAUGAUUCAACAGCCGAUCGGUAAUCGGUGGUGCGGCGGAAGUUUAGUAUCGCUCAACUAUGUUCUGACGGCGGCUACCUGCUUCAACAAUCCGGGUCCCACGACGGUUUUGCUGGGCGCCUCAAACAUGAACGACGUCGAAGACAUCGUCAUCGCAAGCGAAGUCAUCGUGCAUCAAGCGUUUGUCCCGAGCCAAAACCUUAACGAUAUAGCCUUGGUACGAUUGUCCCGACCGGCCAGCAUUAGCAAUUACAUCAGAUUAGCGCGACUGCCCAACUGGAGACAGGCCGAUUCAUUGUUCUUAAAUCAGCUGGCCACUGUAAGCGGUUGGGGAGCGCUCGGUCAGAACUCGGCCGAAAUUCUCCCCCUGAACAAUCUGCACCGUGUGAAUGGUUCCGUCAUCAGCAAUACGGCCUGCGGUCUACAAUUUCUCGGCGGCAUUGCUGACUCACACGUGUGCGUAUCCACCAGCAAUGGAUCUCCCUGCCAGGGUGAUCAAGGUGGCCCACUGACGGUGGACGACGCUGACGGUGGUCAAACGUUGAUCGGUGUGUUCGCUUUCCUGUCGGUGCUGGGUUGCGAUGUUGACCGGCCAGCGGUAUACACAAGGCUCACACCCUACCUGGCCUGGAUUGAGGCGAACUCGGACGUUACCAUACGGUAUGAUUUCGAGUUCCUGCCAACGCCACCGAAUCCGCAGACGACUACUACUGGUGCGCCUCAAACGACCACCCCAGAAACGACACCGGACGUGCCGCAGACGACCACUACUGAACCACCGCCUACCACUACCACCCAAAGCAUUAUGCCGCCGCACCGGACGAACCAGCCAAACAUUAGGGUACAACAUCGCAUCACCUACUGA